UGAGCUGGUCAGCUGACUUCGCCGGGGAGGAAGAGGAAAGAAGAUGGAAGGGAACAGAGACGAAGCAGAAAAAUGUAUAAAUAUAGCGACGAAAGCCCUCGAAGCUGGCGACAAGGAGAAGGCGCAGAAGUUUCUAAUUAAAGCAGAAAAGCUGUUCCCGACGGACAGAGCCAAAGCACUGUUGGAUGCAUUAACGAAGAAUGGGAGCUCAGCAGGUAAUGGCGCACAUCGAAGAAAACCAGCAGAAAGCUCCAGAGCCCAGGCGGAGAGAGAAAGACAAGAGUCUGGAGGUGAUUCUUCGAAAGGGUUCACGAAAGACCAGGUUGAAGGUGUUCACAAAAUAAAACGGUGUAAGGACUACUAUGAAGUGCUUGGUGUCAGUAAAGAAGCUGGUGAAGAUGAACUCAAGAAAGCCUACAGGAAACUAGCACUCAAAUUCCAUCCAGACAAAAAUCAUGCCCCUGGAGCAACAGAGGCCUUUAAGAAGAUCGGUAAUGCAUACGCAGUGCUAAGCAACCCAGACAAAAGGCGGCAGUAUGACCUGACGGGAGGGGAGGAGCCAAGCAACCUGGGUCACUCGCACCAUGGAGGCUUUGAUUUCCAUAGGGGCUUCGAGGCUGACAUCACUCCUGAGGACCUCUUCAACAUGUUCUUCGGUGGUGGCUUCCCCUCCUCAAGUGCACAGAACGGCAGAACGAGUUACAGCCAUCAUACAGAUUAUCGACAAGAGAGAACCGAAGAAAGAGGAGACGGUGGUUUCUCAAUGUUUAUCCAGCUAAUGCCCAUCGUGCUCCUGAUUUUAGUGUCAGUACUGAGCCAGUUGUUGGUAUCCCCCCCACCUUACAGUCUCUACUCUAGACCGUCAACGGGUCAGACUUUAAAACGGCAGACAGAAAACCUGCACGUCGAUUAUUACGUCACUAAAGAUUUCAAGUCGGAGUUUAGAGGCUCAGCCCUACAGCAGAUUGAGAAAAAUGUGGAGGAGGACUACGUAGCUAAUGUCAGAAAUAACUGUUGGAAGGAGCGACAGACAAAAACAGACCUGCUGUAUGCUGCUAAGGUGUACAGGGAUGACCGAAUGCGCAAGAAGGCUGAGCUCAUGACUAUGGAAAACUGCAAGGAGCUGGACAGACUAAAUAACCUAUUCAGAGGCGGAUGAGUUUAGCUCGUAUAAAUAUAAAUUAAUAGAUGUCUAUGAUUAAUGUUUGUUUUUUUAUGGAAGAGUCUUUAGACUAGGAGCAAAAAAAGUAAGGAAAUAAUCUAGCGCUGUUGUUGGAAAUUAAAAAAAA